AUGAGUGCCCUGAAGCGCGAUCGAGCUCGGUCGUACCUUGCAGCCACUAGGAGGAAAGCCUCGGAGACCGAUAGCGAGAAUGACGAAGCCUUGAAUGUUCUGAAAUCUGUCACCUUCGACGCCCUCCUCUCUUCUCCCAAACGCGGCAAGUACCAGCAGGAGUACGACGGAGACUGCGAGUCCUGCAGGAGAUACAGGAAGGAGAUAGCGGAAUGCCUUCACAAGUGCAGUACCAUCCUCAGUUACACGACAGUGGUGAAUCAUGAGAUGGAGGCCGUCAUGAGAUCCAUGCGGAGCGACCUUCCGCUGCUCCAGGAGGUUUGGAAGGAGAAGAUAAAAUGCGACAAGAUUAAGCGUCGAGGGGCGGUGACUGAGAUUAUCUUGCAGAAGCAGCUUAAGGAACACAAUGAGAAACUGCAGUUCACUCAGAAGACAAAGACAGAGAUCCUACUGACCAACAGGUCGUUGAGGGCCGAGCUGGAAGAGUACAAGCAGAGCUCCGAGUUUGCGAAAGAGGAGCUGCGACGUGUAGAGAUGAAGGAGCAAGAAUGGGAAGUUGAGCGAGCGAAACAUCAAGAAGAGCUCUCCAAGAAGGCCGCGUCCUUUGAAGAUUGUCUUCACCAGAUAGAAACUCUCGAGAAAUCUGCUCGGGACGUGGAAGGGUUCAAACAGUACAACGACAGGUUGAAGCAGGAAGCCAACGACCUGAGAAAGAUCCACGAGACUUCUCUUCAGGAGCUGACAACGUGCAAGGGCACCCUGGUGGAACUCAGGGGGAAGUUGGAGGACCUGAAGAAAGAGAACCAGAGCCUUCAAAGCGCAAAGACAAUACAUGAGGGGAGCCUGCAGAGUCUGACAAGCUCGCAAGAAGAGUUGUCAACUAAGCUGAAGCAAGAGAAGCAGGAACGGUCGAGACUGGACUUUCAGCUCGCUGAGCUGUCGAAUCAGCUGCUUGCGGAGAAGCGGCAAAACGAGAACCUGACGAGCGCGUUGAAAUCCGCAAAGGUGGAGAAGGAGGCCAACAGCCAACUGAUCAACCAGACCUGGGACCUGAUCUCAAAACUUGCCAUGGACAGACCAACAGAUGUCUUCUCGACAAACAGCCAGAAAAUCUCCCACGUGAAACUCCUCGAGAAGGUUCAGAUCGAGUUCACAAAGUACCAAGAGAAGGUUUCAUCAUUGUCGGAGACUGUCGCUGUUAUGAGAGCGUGGGUUGGCAACGUCUGCAAGGGAGUGUCUGAGGUUGAGCAGGUCGCUGAAGAGGAACAUAAGGAGGAGAUGGGCAUUCUGAUGAUAGCGUCGAUGCUCAGAACUACAACUGAGAGCAAGACGAGAUGUUUGUUACAAGCACAAGAGGAGCUGAAGGUCAGUGCGAUAUCCCUAGAUGUCCGUGACAAUGACACAGAGGAAAAGCUUAAUGCAAGCAGGACGAUGAUGCAGUGCCUCGUCAAUGACUUUCGCUUGGCCGUUGCAAAGAAUGAGGUCUUGACUUCCAACAUGCGGAGCAUGCAGAACGAACUCACGCGGUCAUGGGCGGAGUUGACGUACCAGGAGAGCACCAGGGGGCCUGCUGGGCUCGACUGCUCGCUCUCGAAGAUCGAUGUGACGUCUGCUCUGUCGAUGAUCAGCAAGCUGGAGGAAACCGUUGAGGAGAUUUUGACCGGCCUGUCAAGCGCGGCCAGCAAGACUGAGAGGCUGCAGUGGGAGAUGUCGGCGAGCAGCGAGUUCGCCAAGAGCAAGACGCACGAUUACAUCCUAGCGAUGUCGGAUCGAGACAAGUACCAAAUGGAAAUGAUGACCAUCGCCAAGUCGCUGGCGAUAGAGAGGAGCAGGAGCGAGCUGAACCGCUCGAGGCUUGCGGAGACGAGCUUGUCCAUGUUCGAAGUUGUAGACGCGAUCCAGCGAGAUGUGUUUGCGGCGAUCAGCGAGGCAGACAAGCUGAAUGCCUCUGUGCAGAAAUACGGAUGA